GUUCAAGGCCAUCUGACGUAACAACAUAAGUAAAAACCGGCUUCUGCGCGCAGGCUCUUGUCUUACACGUCCGGUAUUUCGCCUACUCAACAGAUCAGGAAAUCUUCUCAGCCAACUACACCAAAUUAACAAACAUGCCAGAUCACGCCCAAUACCUCACUGCUGAACAAGAGGAUGAACUUAGAAAAAUUGCCAAUGCCAUUGUGGCUCCUGGUAAAGGUAUCUUGGCUGCUGAUGAAUCCACAGGUACCAUGGGAAAGCGAUUUGCUGGCAUUGGAGUAGAAAAUACUGAAGAGAAUCGUCGCCGAUACCGAGAACUUUUAUUCACAGCAGAUAAUGCAGUAGCUGAAAAUAUCUCUGGUGUCAUUCUGUUCGAAGAAACUCUGUACCAAAAAACCAAAGAUGGAACUCCAUUUGUUAAAGUUCUGCAGAGCAAGGGCAUCAUUCCUGGUAUUAAAGUUGAUAAGGGAGUUGUCCCCCUUGCUGGCACUUUUAGCGAAAGCACCACACAAGGUUUGGAUGGUUUGUCUGAAAGAUGUGCGCAAUACAAGAAAGAUGGUGCUCAGUUUGCCAAAUGGCGAUGUGUUUUAAAAAUCGGUAAAGAUACCCCAUCUUUCCAAGGAAUGCUUGAGAAUGCCAAUGUUUUAGCUCGUUAUGCCAGUAUUUGCCAACAGAAUGGUUUAGUGCCAAUUGUGGAACCUGAAGUAUUACCCGAUGGCUCUCAUUCGUUAGAAGAAGCUCAGUACGUCACAGAACAGGUCUUGGCUUUCCAAUACAAGGCUUUAAUGGAUCACCAUAUUUUCUUGGAGGGUACCCUGUUGAAACCUAAUAUGGUAACCGCCGGUCAGUCCUGUACAACCAAGUAUACAGCAGAACAAAAUGCUAAAGCCACCGUGUUAGCUUUAUCACGAACAGUUCCUGCUGCCGUUCCAGGUAUUACAUUCUUGUCUGGUGGACAAUCUGAAGUAGAUGCUUCCAUUAACUUGAACGCUAUUAAUAGUUACCCUGGACGUAAACCAUGGGCACUUUCUUUCUCUUUUGGUCGUGCUCUACAAGCCAGUGUAUUGAAAGCGUGGCAGGGAAAAGAUGAAAAUGUUGGCGCUGCUCAAGGAGAACUCUUGAGACGAGCCAAGGCAAACGGAGAUGCUUCCCUUGGAAAAUACACUCCAGCAGGUGAAGGGGCUGCUGCUGCCGAAUCCCUCUUUAUUGCAAACCAUAGUUAUUAGGCCCAAAGGCCACUGUUACGAACAUUUUGUGAUUAAUUCAUUAAAAAGGAUUAUACAAUGCAUUAAUACAAACCUUACCCAUUGUUAUUGUCUUAUAGUGCAAAAUAUAACUAGAAUUUCUUUAAUUCACACAGUGGUAUUUGAUAAUUCAUUGGUAUAAAUAUAAUUAAUUUAUUGAGAUUAAAUAUAAAACAGGCAAGAGUCAACUAUCAUCAAGGGUGCUUUUGGUAGAAAGUAAAAGUGAAAGAACAUUUCUUAAAUUGGUUGCUUCUGUGUUAAAACUUAAGAAAUUUUUUGCACCUUUACUCUUCAUCUUAGCUUUAACCACAAUAUUAACACCAGACAGGCUUCAUAUGCACGAACUGUAUAGCCAGAUGUCUUAUUACUUGUGAUACCGGUAUAAACUCUAGUUAGAUUUAGAAUCAGUAUUUUUGUGUUUUUAAAAGUUUAUAAAUCUAAUGAUAUAUGAUGUAGACAUGGUUAUUGUUCUCCCGUUCUUAUCUUUGCAUUGUCUUUUUGUGUAAAAAUUAUAAAGAGUUAUUUUUUUCCUCUUCAGUCUGUGUUUUUUUUGUUAUGUUAAGGGUAAUUGACUCGCAAACGGUUAAUUUAUAUAAUAUUGUGUAAAUAGCAAUAUGUCAUAAUUUUCAGUGUAUGCUUAGCUUUAAUAGAGUUAUCCACCCUGGUUAACUUACAUUUUCAAUUAAAGACCUUAACCAAGUUGUAUUAAGACAUUGUCAGAUAGUGCUAUGUGUUCAAUUUUUGUAAAUUACUACUCUUUCGUAAUAUAAAGCUUACAAAAUAGGAAAUCCUGUAUCAAUUAUUACAACUAGUUAUUCCCUACUGUAGAAAUUUUUUGUAAAUUACUGCUUUAUAGACCAUAACAUCAGUGUUUAUAUAAUAUAUUGUCCGAUGGGAUUGUUAUCAUAAUAAAAUUAUUGUGGUUGGA